CUGAAUCUGGAAGAUAUACUGUCAACAAGGAUGCUAUAGCCGAUUAAUUAACUCUCUCUCUCUCUCUCUCCUCUCUCUAUUUCUAAAACCCAAAGCCCUAAAUCAACUCCCGCCCCCCCCAAAAAAGAAAAAAAAAAGAAACAAAAGCAAAAAGCAGAAGCAGCUGCUAUUUCCUCCUUGGGGCAACUCAUCAGGUUUCGUCUGAUCCACCCAAGGAAAAAAGAUGUCUCGCGUGUACGUGGGUAACCUUGACCCACGAGUUUCGGAGCGGGAUCUUGAAGACGAGUUUCGUGUCUUUGGAGUUAUUCGGAGUGUAUGGGUUGCUCGAAGACCACCAGGUUAUGCUUUCAUUGACUUUGAUGAUCACAGAGACGCUGAGGAUGCAAUUCGUGAAUUAGAUGGCAAGAAUGGCUGGAGAGUUGAGCUUUCUCAUAAUUCUAGAGGCAGAGGUGGACGCGGAGGUGGAGGUGGACGCGCUGGCGGUUCUGAUUUGAAGUGCUAUGAGUGUGGUGAGCCUGGUCAUUUUGCUCGAGAAUGCCGCAUGCGUGGUGGUUCAGGAAGACGUCGCAGCCGCAGCCCUAGAUAUCGUAGUAGCCCAAGCUAUGGACGCAGAAGUUACAGUCCUCGUGGACGAUCCCCAAGACGUCACAGUCUCUCUCCUCAUGGGCGUAGCUACAGCAGGUCUCCCCCAUACAGUGGUCGGGUUGAAUUGCCAUAUGCUAAUGGGUGAAGUUCCAUGAACUCUAUACUAGUAACUGAAAUGGUGUAAGGGAACGUCGUAGGAGCAGGAGCUAAGUACCACAAGGAUUUUAACUUUUUUGUGAGAAGAAUUAAGUGUGUUGAGUUUGUUUGGACUUCAGUGCUACUAUUUUUAAUUGGGCAACGCCCUCAGCCUCUUGGAUUUGGAUAAGCUCCUUUUUUUUUAUUUUUUUAUUAUUCUAUGAUGGCGUUGUUUGCUUUAUCUAUGUUAAAUAGUUCUUUCUGCUUAGGAAAAAAAAAAAAAAAGCUUAAGAUGACCUCUAUAAAUUUAUUGAGAGAUCAUUACAGGAACUCUGCUAAAAAUUCAUGCUUUUUCUUUU